AUGGCGAAGUCACUCGAUGAUUCCGAUGGUUCAGGGACACUGGGGGUUAACCCUCCAUUCAGCUUUGGCACAGGUAGCGAUAGCGGCUUCGCCAUACUUUUCGAAUUGGCGGCCCUGAUCCCUCUAGUCACCUAUCUUGCGAGGCCGCAAGAAGGCCACCGAUUUGUUGGAAUGGCGUCAUUGUCCGGCCGUCUCCAAAUCGGCCUCUUUCCAAAAUUGCAUGUCCUCGCGACCGUUGCUCGGCUCCUUAAAGAAGGACCGAAUUUUCUGGACGAAGCAUGUUCGAUUGGAGAGUUGCGUCGUGAAGUAUGGGACGCAAACUGGGGCUCUGUGUUUCCCUGUGCGAACGGUGCGGCAAGCAGUAUGAUCGCAGCGUAUAGCGUCCGUCAGGCCAAGACUAUCGCCAUGCCCGAGACGGUGGUCGCCAAAACCCCUAAUACUACCAAGCGCGGUGUGGGAAAUAUUGCUAUAACACCUUCCAGCACAUCCCCCUUUCGGCGGUAUCAGACUCUGCAUGUCCUACGCUUCUCUCGAGAGGAGGGCCCGGGUCAUCCGCAUCGAGCAAAGACCAUCACCGUCCUACAAGACGUUGUUGUCGAAGUCAUCCUGUUGGGCAUGCUUGCCGGCGCCACAGCGUUUUGCUCUUUGUUUGGGAUGUAUGGGACUGCAGGUUCCAUCAUCGUCGCCUUCCUGCUACGCAUCUGCCGCCGGCUUGUCAUAAUCAAACGCGCACCACACUAUCUUCAAGACAACGAGGGCCAAAGGAUGGAUGCGUGCAUGCUCAGCGCGAUCCACCAGAAUGCGUCUACGUGGUACCUGUACGUCGGAGAUAGAGGCAUUGUUGAUAAUCUCUUGAACAAAUCCAUGAUACAAUCUAUCACCACUAUCUUUGGUGACGGUGGCGUCAUGACACUUGCAUUCCUUCUGCAGUUCCUCUCAUUUCUGCAACUUGCCUGCAUGACGUUUGUCGCUGCUCAGAAGGGAUGGGAUGGGGUCGGACUUCUUGUUUUCAUCUUUGUCUCAUGGUUCUUUGAAGAGAUGGUCUGUUGCAGCCACAGUGGCCUUGCCAAGCGGUGGUUGAAGAAGAACCGCAUCAAAGUGGAGCCACGGACGUUUGUAUUCAGCGGGCGGGUGGCGAUGAUGGGUGCAAUCCAGGUGUUCAAAUGCAACCCACAGAUGAGCUGGAUGGAUGGGAUCAUACAGCCCUGCCCGCGGCGGAAUGUCCUCAUGCAAGGCCUGUGCGGUUAUCAAGAUGCAUACUGCCAGGGUCUUGCAGAACUUGACAUGUAUGACCAGAAAUGGGUUGAACAGUUUAUGUCUUUAUGUCAACAAGCAGGAGACAUUAUGCAUCAGGAAUUUACAAAUGCACAGAAUGUAAUUAGAUGCUGA